AUGUACUCCGCCGCCCUGCGGCAGUCCGAGGCGCUCGCGGCGCGCGGCUCAGCGGCGGUGGCGGCAGAGACAGACGGCGGCGGCGGCGGCGGUUCUGGCGAGCGCGGCGCGGGCUCUGGGGCGGUGCCGGCGGCGCUGCGGGAGUGGGAAGGGGACCUCGGAAGGCGGCUGCAGGCGUGCCUUGGAAAGCUGCGGGGGGCGCUCAGCUGUCGGAUUGAGGCACACCUGGGGGCCUGCGGCUGGCCACCCCCUGUUUCGGGAGCAAGCAGCAGCGGCGGCGAUGGCAGCAGCGGUGGCGGCGGCCUUGCUUUGGAAGGCGCGGCGCAGGGUGACAUCACUGCGCUGCACCAGCUGAUGGUGGCGCUCACGCGGCUGCAGCUGGUGGAGGAGCGAUCCGGCUUUGAGGCUGCGGAGCAGUCCGGCCAGCCGCUGGCGGCGCUCGCGGGCCCCUCGGCGCCGCUGCUGUGGGCGGCGCAGCUGCUGGCGGCGCCACUGGGGGAGAAACUCGGAGCCCUUUUUGACAACACCGCCCCCGCAGGCCGGCUGGACCGCCCGGCGUGGCUGUUUCAGACUGUGGUGCGGCUGGCGAAAGAGUACGGGCCCCAGCUGGAAGUUUUCCAGUCUCUGGUGGACGAAGCGGGCCUGGGCGGCGGGCGCUACCUGUUUGGAGCCGAGUUCGCGCGCGCGCUGCGGGAAGCUGCCAAGCAGCUGCUGCGGGGGCGGAAGCUGCCGGCGCUACUGGAGGCGGAGGACGGGGAGCUGUGGCUGACGUGGGUCGACGCCAUGAUAGACUUCGAUACCAAAAUGGCGCCCCCCCUCGGCGUCAUCGGCGCCGGCGGCCCCGCUUCGAUGACGUCCAAGGCGGACGGCCCGCCCCUUCCGCUGCCGCUGCUGCGGUGCGGCGCGCUGGGCGUGCUGGGGGAGCGGGAAGAGUGGAUGGACGCCUGGCUGUCUUCUGAGGGCGGCGCAGCACUGAGGGCGCUGGAGGGAGUGCUCUACAGCCCAGGCGCCUGGGACAGCGCCCCUUCGCUGCAGUUGAGUUUUGAUGCUGAAGACCAGCCCGCGUGGCGCUGUGAGUUCUACCCCCCAGCCGCCGCCGAGGGCGCCGUAUCGCUGGCUGCCGGGCAGCUGCUGCCGCGGGCGCAUAACUUCCCAAGCGACGAGGCCCAGGACCGAUACCUGAAUUUUUUGGCGGCUGAUGUCCUGGGAGGCGCGCACUCCACAGUGGUGCGUACCCUGCAGCAAGCCGACCUCUUCAGGGAUGCCAAACACCACGCCACCUGGAUGCGCAAGGCGUGCGUGUGCGUCUGCUUUUGUCACUACCUGGAGCACCACUUAGAAGACAUGGCCCUCACCAUUGCAGAGAUUUUCGAGCGACGGGCAGAGGCGGCGCAGACCUUGGACGCUCACUCUGAACGACACCAACAGCAGCAGCAGCAGCAGCAGCAGCAGCAGCGGCAAGACGGGGCCUCGUCUCAAACGGCCCCGGGCAGCGGCGGCGGCGAAAAGGCUUCGGCGGCGGCGGCAGCCACGGCGGCGCGGCGUCUGCUGUCGAAGCCCCUCGGAGACUUUGCCUCCGCGCGGCGGGAGUGGACGCUCAAAGUGGCAAAGGCGGUGGCGCAGGGCUUCCUGCAGCACGCGCAGGGGUACAUGGCGGACCCCGCGCCCUUCAAAGAUCCAGACCCUUCUGCGGCGGACGCGGCUGUGGUGUCCGCAGGGCUGGUGGACGGCCUACAGUGGCUGCAGGGCGCCCUGGCGGCGCUGGCGGCCCAGCUGGACCGGGACUGCUUCCGCGACUGCCUGCGCGCCGCCGCCGCCGCCAUAAACAGGGAGCUGUACAAUGGGGUGGCCACAGAGAUGCUGUUCAGCCCCGCGGGGGCGCGCCAGCUCGCGGUGGACGUUGGGGCCCUGCUGAGGCUCUUCCAGCCCUAUUCGUGGCGCAGCCCGAGGGCCUACUUCCCUGAACUGCUGGAUGCUGUCGCGCUGCUCACAAUAGAACACCCCAGGGCAACCGACGAGCUGCAGCGGGCCCUGGGGCGGGACGGCCGCGGCCCGGGCGCGGCCGAGGCGCUGCGGGAAGCAGGCGUGCGGGUGCUCGACGCAGAGCAAGCGGCUGCCAUUUUGAGCUUGAAGCUGUAA